CAGCUGCAUGCGGUUUCGAGGCUACUAGUAUUACACACACGCGCGGAGACAGAGGCGCCUGAUCGCAAUACUAAUACAACAAGCACAUCUCAUACCCACCGACAGCUGACCACGUGCACGUUGACAGGCAGGCAGACGAACGUGGACCUGCAAGCGUCCGUGGUAGCCACGUGAACGCUCUGGCAUCGCGGUUGCUUACCGCCAACCAGUCGCGGCUACCGAAUUCCCGUCUCCGAGAAACGCGGCCAUACGUCGAAAGAAUACGUCGAAAGAACGUGUCGAAAGAACAACGCGUGUGUGUGUUGAUGUUGGUUCGGGAGCCUGGUCGGACUAUCCUCGGAUAGCUACAAGAUACUGUCAUACGUCGAAAGAACGUGUCGAAAGAACAGCGCGCGCGCGUGUGUGUGUGUAUUGACGUUGGUUCGGUAGCCUGGUCGGACUAUCCUAGGAUAGCUACAAGAAACUGUCAUACGUCGAAAGAACGUGUCGAAAGAACAUCGCGCGUGUGUGUGUGUGUAUUGACGUUGGUUCGGUAUCCUGGUCGGACUACCCUGGGCUAGCUCCAAGAAACGGUCACACGUCGAAAGACCGUGUAUUGAUGUUCGUACUUAAGACUGUUUGGGCAAGCUCUAGGUCAGUAGGGCUAACCAAAGGGCAAACAUCCCGUUAAACAUCGACUCUUCCGUAGAAACAUGAGCUAGGAUAGCGUGGUGCUACCUACCUACACCCACGCGCGGGAGUUGUACUGCUAGUCUUCUUCUGAUUUUAACAAGAAUGUACUGAAUCCGUGCUGCUAGUGCCUGUAUAUAUAUAUUUAUAUACUUGGUUGGCGUCUACAUGGAAUCUACACAGCACCAGCCAGCUAUAUUUAGAAGCGUCUAACGCGCGUCUAGGACCUCUCGCAGACGCUAGAGAUAUCUACAGCUGCAGCUAGCGGCAGGUUCGUCUGCGUCGGUGACGUCACGGUUUUUGCGUUCUCCCGCUCGUAACCAUGGCACCGGUGCUGGUGGAUGACGUCAUCACACUGCUCGGCACGGGCCGAACGCAGUGCACCGUUUUCGUGCUGCUCAGCCUGAUGUCACUUCCGGCGGCCUGGGUCGUCAUGUCCGGUACGUUCACGGCCGUCGUGCCGCCGUACGAAUGCGAACAAUGGACGCUCGCCGACGCGGCGGGGGCGCCACUGUCGCGCGACGACGUAGCGCGCGCGAACGCGACGCGCGGCGACGCUGCUGCUGACCCCUACCGGUGGUGGAAUUCGUCGGCGAGUGACCAGUGCUCGCGAGAGGGCGCUAACGGCAGCGUGUACGCAUGCGCGCUGUGGUCUUAUGAGGAGAUAGAACAACCGUCUAUCGUCGCCGAGUGGGACCUCGUCUGCGACCGCGCCGUGCUCUGUCAGGUGUCGUCGGCCGUCGUCAUGGCCGGAUGCAUGGCCGGAUCGCUCGUCUGCCCGUUCCUGUCGGACAGCUACGGACGUCGGCCAACAACGAUCGUCUUCACGUGGCUGUUUUUGGCGCUAGGGGUCGCUAAUGCGUUCGUUGACAGCUACACGGGAUACGUCGUCGUGCGCGGGUUCCUGGUGGCAGCAGUGCAGGCGAGUGAGUGA